UGUGCAAAGAAUAACGUGUCAAGUUUUUUUUAUGUAGAAUUUUUGGUUUCAUUUUAAAAAUCCAUAAAAAACGCUAAGUUUAACAACUAUUUGGAAAAGAUAUGGUAGACGAAUGUACGAAAAAAACUUUAAGUAACAUACCUUUACUGCAAACACGCGCUGGACCCAGAGAAAAGGACAUAUGGGUGCAACGAUUAAAAGAAGAGUAUCAGGCUUUGAUUAAAUAUGUGCAAAAUAAUAAAGAAUCCGGCAUGGAUUGGUUUCGCUUGGAAUCGAACAAGGAGGGCACCAAAUGGUUUGGCAAGUGCUGGUAUAUGCAUAAUUUGCUGAAAUAUGAGUUCGACGUAGAAUUUGAUAUACCUGUCUUAUAUCCAACAACCGCGCCGGAAAUCGCUCUACCCGAAUUGGACGGUAAAACGGCGAAAAUGUAUCGGGGUGGAAAAAUUUGCUUAACAGAUCAUUUUAAACCGUUAUGGUCCCGAAAUGUACCUAAAUUUGGUAUUGCACAUGCUAUGGCCUUGGGACUUGCACCCUGGUUAGCUGUAGAAGUACCUGAACUUAUAGAAAAAGGGAUUAUUACUAAGCAAUAAGAUUUACUUAUUUAAGGAUUUUUGCUCUUUGUCGCGUUUGCUUUUAUUUUCUUUGUAUUUAAGAAAGAAGAAAGAAAUAAUUUUUAGUACAUGAAAUGAAAAAUUUUUAUAUAAAUUAUAAAGUCGAAAAAACAAAUUAUGUCGAAGUCUUAUGUAGAAAAAGUGGUAUAAAAAAGGAAAAUG